AUGGCUUCCUCGCGCCUCAAACGCAAGCUGCACAACGACCCCGACAACCCCUCCCACUACGGCAACGUGGACGAGUCCUUUGUCGAGAUAGGCACCGCCUUGCCUUCGCUCGUCAGUUGCCCCCACUCGAGCCGUCCCAGCUCCAAAAGAAAUAAAUUAACACCAGCCCUGCGUUGAACGUGACUGCCCGAUACAACAGAGCUCUACGAAGAGGGAUACGAACGAAUUCAAACCGUUGUGGGAACAAGAGGUGUUCGAUGAUCAAGGCAGGAAACGUCUCCACGGCGCUUUCACAGGAGGCUUCUCCGCGGGUUAUUACAACACCGUUGGCUCCAAGGAGGGUACGUUCAUCGAUGCUGCUGCGAUGGGGGGAGAUGCGGUGCAUGUUGCGGCGCUGAUCGAGGCGGGUUUGGUUGUGGUGGCGCGAAUCAGGAUGGACACCGUCGACGUUCAAGAGCUCGAGGGCGAAACGGAACGAGAGCCAGGGCAAGAGCAGCAGCAGCAGCAGCAGCAGCAGCAGCAGCAGCAGCAGCACAGGAACUAGUCUCGUCGAUGCGGCCAAACACUUUAUGGAUGACGAGGUAAACUCAUCCUUCCUUCUCCCACCAAAAUAGACCCACAAUCACUCAUCCUUCCUAUCCUCCCCACCGACAGGAUUUGGAAGAACUCGCGAAUUCGCGCCAACUCGAAACGUCCUCCUCCUACGCCGCUCCCGUACCUUCCUCGUCCAACUACGACCCCCUCCUCGGUCUAUUCGGCAAUUCCAACCCCUCCGUCUCCACCUCCACCUCCACUCCCACUUCCAGCUCAACGAUCCCCUCCGCACAAGCGACCCUCGCCUCCCUCCUCGAACCAAGCCCAUCCCGCAUCGGCGCAAAACUGAUGCGUAAAAUGGGUUGGAGACAAGGUCAAGGUUGUGGUCCUCGCUUGACGAAAAAGCAGAGGAAACGACAGGCUUUGGAACUCGGUCUUGUUCUUGAACCUUCCUUCGAGGAAGAGGAGGAGGAGGAAGGGGAAGGGGAAGGGGAAGGGGGCGGUGAUGAAGAACGGUUCGGGCAUUAUUAUGCCCCGUUGGAUCGACCGUUGAUUUUGCUUGAUGCGGUCGCGGCGAGUGAGGAUAAGGGAAGAGGGUUGGGGUAUGAUUCGUGGUGUGGGAUUGGAGGCGCGAGGAGGAAAGCGGUCAGGGAGCAGAGAUUGGGUGCUGGCGCGGGUGGGAAAGGGAAGGGGAGCAUGAGGGAGGAAGAGGAUCCCUAUGCGCAGGAUGAGCGGGGUUUGGGGGGAGAAGUGGUGGAGGAGCUGAUGGAUGAAGAGGACGAUGAUGGACCGACGGAAAGAAUGGGGAGACAAAGAGUCGAUGUGAGUGGACCAGUGAUCCUGUGAUGGAAAGAGCCGAGAAAUGCUGAUGGUCGCUUGUCCGAGCAGGCUCAUUCAUCGGAUCGACCCAAGGGGAAGCACAAAGACGAGACCUUCCACGAUGGCGUCAAAGUUUUGUCCGGCUUCGUGCUCCACCACGAGCCCUACAAACCUCCCUCAACGUAGGUCGGGGCCUACAGUUCAUAUCCAACCCACCAAUUUCCCCCGCUGACAUAUUGUGGUCUCGGCCCGUCCUAUAGUUCUCAACUACCCCCGAACCCACCACAGGAAUGGCGCCCGAACCCGACCAAGAUUUGGGCCGAGGAACAGGCCGAAGCGAUGAGGACCACCUCUUCCCAACAAGAGGGGAAGGAGAAUCGAGCACAUGCGCAAUUAAGUGCGGAUCAGGUGCGUCGAUCACGUGCGGCUCAUCGCCUUCCCGUUUACCCGAGGGGUGCUAAUCCAGGGAACGUGUCCCAUUACCAGCGUGGGACUCUGUUGGGGGAGAAAUUACCCCCACCUCCUCCCAAGUCGGUGUUCGAGUACCUCUCGUCGAAAGAUAAGGAACGACUUUCGACUCUUUCCACAACGGGGCAUCUACCCCCCUCCAGCAUGCCCACCAGCGGAACCUCGUCGAACCUCACACCGCUCGGAGCGAACCGAUCCCGUCCCUCCGCUUCAGCCCCAUCCCGCGCUCCAGAACCGGACGAAGAAUUCACCAUCCCCGAACUGGACAGUUCGACCGCUUCGCUCGCCUUACGCGGAUUCCAACCUUUCUCCUCCGCGUCCACUUCACCGGACCCGAUCCGUCAAGCGAGGUAUACCUUAUUCCUGCAGUACUCGGCCGGUCAAUUACCGACUUCGAUCCAGGGCUUCCCCUUCGGACCUCGUCCCUUACCCCUUUCAACGCACAGUUCUUCAUCCACUUCGUCGAAUACUGAACGACCGCAAACGAUGAAAGAACUUAAUAAGGAAUUGAGGGACUACGUCGCUGCUGCGAAAGUGUUCAAACCGGUGUCGGGGAUGUUGGGUAAUCGAUUCACAUCCGGUACGAGCGCGAGUGCUUUAUUGGUCCCUCAAGUCGAACCGGGUUUGUAUACGCCUGUGCUCAAGACGAAGGAGGAUCACAUGCUUGAAGAGGAGGAGAAGAAGAAGAAGGGAUUGGGGGUGGUGGAGUUGACGCCGGUUCAACGAGCGAUUAAGAAUGAUCAGUUUGGUCCGUUGACGAGGACGACGACGACGUUCAGACCGGACAAGUUGCUGUGCAAGAGGUUCGGCGUCGCGGAUCCUUUUGCGGUCAAGAAGGGAGAAGAGGAAGAGGAGGGGGGCAGAGGGUAGGGGGGAAGUGGAAGGAGGCGAAUUUGGAGGGGGAGUUCAAGGUGCCUUUGGAAAGAAGUGGGGCGGGGAGGAAAGUUGGGGAUGUGUUGGGGAAGGCGUCGAUGGACGAGUUGAUGAGGGAGGCGAAGGGGGGCAUCAUGCCUGCACACACGCCUAUGACGACCAAGGAUCCUGCCGAAGGUCUGGUCGACCAUCUCGCCCUCGCCACUUCGACGCGACUGAACGCUAGAGCACCCCUUCCGACACUCGAAACCGUUGGCUUGGGGGACGAUGAGAGACAAGGGGAAGAGACGUUGACGUACGAGAAGGCGCCGAGGGAUAUUUUUGAGACAAUUUUCGGAGAGAGUGAUGACGAGGAGUCUGAGGACGAGGAGGAGGAUGAAGGGUUUCCGUUGGAGGGUAGGAGGGAAGUGGGGAGUGAUGCGGGCGCGCAACCGAUGGAAGUGGAGGUGCCCAUGGAGGUGGAGGUGCCCCGAACUACGUUAGGUCCGACGAUGGCACCUUCAGGACCGACGUUGGCGGAAACGACGACGCUCCUUUCGUCCGAGACCGUCGUUGAUUACAAGCCGACGUUCGUCAAUCGGUCUUCCAAGAAAUCGGCAGGGUCGGACAAGGAUAAGAAGAAGAAGAAAGAGAAGGAGAAGCCGAAGGCGGGCACGCUGAGUUUUGAUAUGGGGGAUGACGAGGAGGGUGGUGCGAAUGUGGGCAAGGCGGUGAAGAAGGUGAAGAAGGAGCAGGAUACGAAGAGGGAGGGGAAGAAGGUCGAGAUUCAAGUGGCGAAAAAAUCUGUGGACGCAGUUGACGAAGCGGACGAAUGGGAAGAAGCACCUUCAAUCGUCCAUCCGUCGAUUCUGGCGUCGUCGUCGUCUUCGUCGGGGAGGAAGCGCGAAGAGGAAAAGAACGAGGGAGCGCCCGCCAAGAUUUCGUUCGAACCCGUCAAGAGGGCGAGGGCGGCGGACCUGUUCUGA